UCUCAACUCACGCAGCACAGAGGGUGGGUGGAAAACAGUCGGGCGGAGCAAUCGAGAAUCUGGGCGAGAAUCGACCGACCAAGUGGCGCUAAGGGAAGGCUAGUAAGGCAUCCGGCUAACAAACUACCGAAUAUCUGGUGAUUUCUUCAGCCAAAGGCCCGCAGCAGCGACGUGUAUAUCUAGUAUACAUCAUCAUCAUCAUGGCUGAUAUACCCAUCAUCUGGAUCUUGGGUGGACCUGGGUGCGGCAAGGGCACACAGUGCGCCAAAAUCGUGGAAAAAUACGGAUUCACACAUCUGAGCAGCGGCGAUUUGCUGCGCAAUGAGGUGGCUUCUGGAUCGGACAAGGGUCGUCAGCUGCAGGCUGUGAUGGCCAGCGGAGGCCUGGUGUCCAACGACGAGGUGCUGUCCCUGCUGAACGACGCCAUCGCGCGGGCCAAGGGAAGCUCGAAGGGAUUCCUCAUCGAUGGGUAUCCGCGUCAGAAGAACCAGGGCGUUGAGUUCGAGGCACGCAUUGCACCCGCCGAUCUGGCGCUGUACUUUGAGUGCUCCGAGGACACGAUGGUGCAGCGCAUCAUGGCACGUGCCGCUGCCUCGUCGGUGAAACGGGACGAUGACAACGAGAAGACCAUCAGGGCACGCCUCCUGACCUUCAAGCAGAACACCAAUGCCAUUUUGGAACUUUAUGAGCCCAAGACCCUUACGAUCAAUGCCGAGCGUGACGUGGACGACAUCUUUCUGGAAGUCGUCCAGGCCAUUGACUGUGUGCUGAAGAAGAAGCAGCAGAACGCCGCCGCCCAGUGCUAGUAGGAAUGCUAAUCCAUUAGGAAGGAAACCGGUAGCAAAGUCUACAUUUCUAGUGCACUUUUUAGCGCGAAUCACACAAUCUCAGAGCUGAGCACAAAUGAAAGCGAAACACCAAAUAAAUUAGUCUAAAUCUAUGUUAUGUUACCCAUA